AUGUCUGAAUGCGGAGCGUUUCACUUUGGAUAUGCCGGUGGAUCGUCCGUGGCUUGGGAUCCAUGGAAGACGCAGACUCGAGGAACGCUAGUGAAACGCAUUUUUGGAUUCCGCCUGGUGGCAUUAGCCACAUCCCUGGCCGUGGGCAGCAGCCUGGCAAACGCGGCACCCAUCGCUUGGCAAAUUGAUCAAACGCAAAGUUCUAUCUCGUUGUCCAUUGCGGACACUGCAGUCGAUCUCGACGGAACUAAUGCCACGGUUCGCAUUCGAAACCAGAGCGGUGGCAACAGCGGUCCCUGGAAUGUCGGCAAUACGGCAUUCAUGGGCGGCACUCUCUUCACCGACUAUAGCGAGGGUGGUAGCCACUCGAUCGAGUUUCUACCUCAUGCCGCGGGCGACAUCUUCGGACUGACCUCGGGGAGCUAUCGUCCGAACCCUGCCAGUUGGAACCCAGCCAACACGAACGCUGACAAUCCGGAUGGGCAAUAUUCCAACACAUCGACGGAUCCCUCGGUAUUUGGUGCUCGGGUGCGAGCAUCGGUAUCCAUUCUAACGCUUGACGCUGGUUAUCUGGCCAUUGACGACGUCAGUUACGAUGCCCAGUCGGCUCAGUUGGCCGUUUCGGGUACGACCGGCGGUUCGUUUGACGCGAGUCUGAUUAACUUCGGAAUUCUCGAAUCACUCAUCUACUUUGAUGGUGUUGCGCUUCCGUUAGGACUUGGCCAACCAAUUCCCGACACAUUUGCAGAACCAUUUAAUGGCUUCAUCGCCCAGAACAACAGUGCUGGGAGUGGAAUCAUCAACGAUCUGGGUGGUGCCAGCCGAGAAAUGAUCAUUCCCAUCAACAUGGUUCUGGCCCUCGAUAUUGAAGGCAUCAUCUUGAACGCCGGUGUUACCGGCCAAGUGGUAGCUUAUUCCGUGGUUCCUGAACCAUCGACCUUUGUCAUGUUUGGCUUGGGUGCGGUGGGGCUUGCGGUGACCGCGAUUCGUAAACGUCGUCGAGCGUAG